AUGGAGCAGAAUCAUUUGCCCAAGAAGAAGAAAUCCGAAACGGAAGACGAUAAGAGGAGGAAGAAAAUUGUUGCUGGGAGCUUGUUGAAAGCAGUGGUGAGACCUGGAGGAGGCGAGUCAAUCCCUAAGGAUGGUGAUCAGAUUAUUUAUCACUGUACUGUGAGGACACUGGAUGGUGUAGUAGUUGAAUCUACGAGGUCUGAAUGUGGAGGUGAGGCUGAUGAAACUACCAGUAAGGAGGGUUUACCAGUAAGAGAUGUCUUGGGGAAGAGCAAAAUGAUACUUGGAUUGCUCGAAGGGAUUCCCACAAUGCGUAAGGGUGAAAUUUCUAUGUUCAAGAUGAAACCUGAGAUGCACUAUGCAGAGAAGGAUUGUCCAGUCUCAGCUCCGGCUAAUUUCCCUAAAGAUGAUGAGCUUCAUUUUGAGAUUGAAUUGCUGGAUUUUGCUAAAGCCAAGGCAAGAUCUCAUUACAAACCAGAAUAA